UCCUAACAGUCAAUUGUCAUAAGUCAAGAUAAAUGAAAAAGUGGCUUGUGUUAGUGUAAAAUAAAUUUAUUUUCAUGUUUGGAAGAAUGUAAAUAGUAUUGUAAUAUUCAAAAGUGUGAUAAUUACAACAAGAAAUCAUUUUUCUCAUUCAUAAAAUAUUUCUUACUGUUACCAUAUGGUAUAAACAACAUGGUAAAUUCUUUGUAUGUGUAUUAGAACCUCUUUAAAAGUUUGUUUACAAAUAUUUCGCGCGCCAAUACCGAACAGCUUCUAUACCGGGUAAUGUAAACCGCUUAAGUGAAAAUGACAGAAGAAUGCUGUGUUGAUGGCUGUUUUAAUGUUAAAGAACAACUGUACUACUUCAAGUUACCAGUAAGUCGAACUCUUCGUAAAAAGUGGGUAGAAGCAAUUAAUAGUUCAGCGAAGCUCACAGAUGACGCAAUGGUGUGCAGUCGCCAUUUUCAGGAGGAACAAUAUAUGUUUGUGAGAGGAAAGCGAAGGCUAAAGCCUAAAGUGGUACCGUGUUUAUUUGAGAAAGAAUCACAAGACCAAGAUGAAAAACAGAACACAGAUAGCGAAACCACAAAUGAAGUUAAAUCACAAGAAAUGGACAUAGACAAAAAUAAAGAAAGCACAGAUAAAGAUAGCAUAAACGUAGAUAAAGAAAACACAGAUACAGAUAUAAUAAAUACAGAGAAGGACAACACUGAUAAAGAUAAGAAAAACACAAAAGAAGACACAGAUGAUAAUGAUAGCAAUAACAAAGAAGACAAUACAGAUAAGCAAGCCAUGGAAAAAGACAAAGAAAGAAUAGACAAGAGUGAAGAGAAAUGUAGUAGUCCAGAGGGAAGUUGUACAAAGUCACCUAGAAGCGUUAAGAAUAUAGAUUUAGAAUUCUCACCGAACAAAGACAUUGAAGAUAUCUUAACUAAUUAUCAUAUUAAACAAACGCGGCCGUUAUCCGAGAUAUCAGAGAGGGAGACAAGAGGAGAAAUAGAGGAGGAUAGGAGAGAAGAGGAGAGUGAGCCGAAGUAUGUGGAGGUUUCUGUCGGUGGGAAGAGUCAAGACCAAACCAAUGAAGACUGCCUCAUGCUGCUGGAGAAUGUUCAAGUGGAGAUCGAUCCCAGCAUAUUCCCUCCUGACCACGACGCUGACUUUGACCGUGACCAGAAUAUAGAACAAGUCGACUUGGACCUAGAUUCCAGCUCGGAUUGUAUUGAUUUGGGAGAAAAAAAAGAUGACCCCAUCAGUCUCCUCUCAUCGAGUGAUGAAGACGAAGUAAUAAUACAAGAACCACACAUAGACACGAUAUCUGUCUCAGAUGCCACAGAUGAAGACGACAUUCCACUGCUAAAACUGGUGAAGAAGCACAAAAAGAAGAAAUGCGAGAAAACUGCAGCAAUUAACAAGAUUUUGGUGAACAAAUACAAGUGUGAAGUCUGCAGAUACUCAGCCCUGGACGCGGCGGAUUACUCCCUCCACAUGAGCAAACACACACACAUGAUACACAUGUGCGAAGUGUGCAACUAUCACACGUCCAGCUGGCUCCUGAUGCACAGGCACAAAGAGAAGCACACGAGAGAGAGCAAGAACACAAAGAGAAGAAACAGAGAGAAGAAGUACAAGUGUCCUCUGUGCUCCUACCGGGCGAAGCAUAACAUGAGUCUGGUGUACCACAUGGGGACCCAUGGCGCGAAGAACGACUUCGAGUGUGACAAGUGUGGGUUCUUUAGUAAUUUAAAAGAGAAUGUGGCGAAGCACAUGAAGAGUUGUAAGAGUGAGUUCUCUUGUGGUUAUUGCUCGUAUACAACGGGCAGCAAGAGUUGUUAUAGCAAGCAUUUGAAGCGGUUUCAUGAUGAAGCUAUUGAUAGAGACUUUGUCCCAUCGGCUUGGACUUAAAUGUGUAAAACGUCAGCUGUCAAAAGUGUUGUAUGUGUGACAGAUCUUUUAAAAGGCUAUUUGGUAGAAUUAAAUAAAGGUGUAUCGAGAUCUGUGUAAAUGGUUUGAUGGAUUAAAGUAAUCCAUAGAUAUUGAUUUUUGUAGUCACGUGACACAACGGUCACAGAUUAUAGUAAAAUCGACGGUGACGUAACAUGGUUGUAAAUAAUGUCUUCGCCUGUCUAAUACUACAUAUUAUGUAUUGGAGUUUAGUUUCUUCGGAAACUGUCUCGUCAUUCUUCAUUUUUAAUACAAUUCUCGGGAAGUUUUAAUGAUAUGUUUGAACAUUUUGGUUCCGUACACCAUUUGCAAGUUAAAUUUCCACUGACAUUACCGUUCAGAUACAAAUCGCUUAGUGAUAAAAAACUUGAAUUUUGUUUACGUGUUUACAAGCAAUGUACGUCACAGUUGCGACGCCAUCUUGCAGAGCGUGAUGGCGGGUUUUAUAGUCACUAUAAAUAUGAAAUGAUU